UUACACGGCUCGGGGUGACGACGACAACGACACGCCGAUGACGUCAUGCGCUGAAGAUGGCGGAGGGGGAAGGAGGAUGGUGGGGUGGCUGGCUACAGCAAAGCUACCAGGCCAUCAAAGACAGAUCAUCUGAAGCAUACGAGUUUCUCAAACGGGAUUUAACAGAGUUUUCCAACGUGGUGCAGCAUGACACUGCAUGUUCUAUUGUUGCGACGGCAAGUGCUGUCAGGAACAAACUGGCGGUGGAAGGCUCGUCAGAGACCACAGAGAAGAUGAAGAAAGGCAUCUCCAAUAUACUGGGAGUGAUCACAGACACGCUCGCCCCUCCACCUGAUAAGACCAUUGACUGUGAUGUGAUAACGCUGGUGGCCACUCCAGCUGGCACUACAGAAGUGUAUGACAGCAGCAAGGCUCGUCUGUAUAGUUUACAGGCAGACCCUGCAACAUACUGCAAUGAACCUGAUGGCCCUCCAGAGCAGUUUGACACUUGGCUUUCCAGCUUCAGCCUGGAGGAGAAAAAAGCUGAAAUCUCUGACCUGCUGGUCAACAGCCCCUCCAUCAGAGCUCUCUACACUAAAAUGGUGCCAGCAGCUGUGGCUCAUUCUGAGUUUUGGCAGCGUUACUUUUACAAAGUGUUUCAGUUGGACCAGGAGGAGGCCAGGAGAGUGGCUCUGAAGCGGCGAGCAGAGGAGACCACUCAGUCAGAGAGUUUGGGUUGGGAGGAAGAUGAGGAAGAUGAGUUUCUUGGGGCCACAUCUACAUCUCGCUUGGACUUCACCCCUCCUCUUGAGAACUCCCAACUCCCUACCGUAACCAUAGAGACCCCCUGCGAGCCGGCAGUCUCCCCUGUUGAUGCUGCGUCUGACGUGACUCCCUCUGUCAGCAGUGACAGUGUCAGUCUCCCCACUCAGCUGGAAAAUAAUCCGGAACAGCCUGUGAGUACCAAUAGGCCAGCACCCGCGGAGGAGGUCACCCUGAAGCUCUCUGAGGCCCGGCUGGAGAGAGCGGAGGAGAAGCAGGCAGGCUCGGAGCAGACCUCCUCCCUGGGGGCAGAAAGAGAUCAGACCCCCGCUGAGAAUGGCACUGCCAAAGCGGAACAAACCAGAGAGGAGGGACCGCAAGACCUCCGAGUGUUUGAGCUCAACUCUGACAGCGGCAAGUCUACGCCUUCCAACAAUGGCAAGAAAGGUUCCAGUACUGAUGUAAGUGAGGACUGGGAGAAAGACUUCGACCUGGAUAUGACGGAAGAGGAGGUUCAGAUGGCUCUGUCUAAAGUCGAUGCCACCGCAGAGUUUGAAGACGAGGACUGGGAGAACUGGGACUGAAGUGCUGAGGCAGUGAUUUCUGGCCUGUUGCUGACGUGAGACUUCACCGGUCCCAAACGAACCAUGCUUUAACGUCUCUAAACUCUUCGUCCACACCCACACCUUCUCAUUGAGGCAAUCGGAAGAGAAGAACGGCCGCAGGCUCUCCUGAUUGGGUGGCUUCCAGCCGAUGAAAUUUAGUUCAGAGCUGUGCACGUUUAAAAUCUCCACCCAGCAGCUGUGUUGUGUAAUACAUUUUUCAGAGGUAAUACUUAAGCUGUCUUGGGGAGGAAAUUGCUGUAGAGCAGAUGCCCUACUCUAGCUAUGGAUGCUUGAAGUGGAACAGGACACAUUUGUGUUCAACAAAGGAGAGGCAAAUGCCUAAGAUUUGUAAUGGAGAUGGUGUCCAGGAAAAAAAGAGCGAUCAGGCGAUGCCAUCUAAGCUUACAGUAUAUAAAUUGUUGUACUUUUAUUGUAGGAGUCUGGGGAAAAAAAAAAACAAUAAUUAACUUUUUGCCAUACUCUAUCAUGCUGCUUGUCACUCUUCUAGGAUUAGGAAAUAAUCCUUCACAUGAAAAAUAUAUGUAAUUUAUAUGUUUCUCAUUUUGUGUUCUAUCUUUGGCAUAAUGUAAGUUUGCUUUUUUUUCGUUGUCUACAAAGUACUAACAUCUCUAAACUUAUGCAAGUGAUAUUAGCAUUCAACAUGGAGAACACGUUUGGCCUUUUCAGAGAGGACUGUCGCACUUUCUUUUCGGAUCAGAACGUGGCUACCUGCGCUACAUGGCCUUGUUCGUUGUUGUGUGGAAUGGGGAAAAAAUGUAUUUUGUCACACAUUGAAAAAGUUAAUAUUUGACUAAACACAACCAGUCCUUCCCGUGCAUUCCGAUUUAUUCUGGUUUGUCCUUUUCCCUUUAUCUGUGUUGAUGGGAACUCCCAGCGGGGUUCUACAUUUCCAGGGCUAAAAUGGGAAGUGAUUUUGAGUUCUGCUCUGUAUAUGUAUACUUACUCUGUUUUGGGGUUAAUGUAGCUUUAGAGAAUGCUGAAUUGUGUAAUUAUAGUUACUGUGCAAAUGAGAUGUUCUUUAUUUUCGCUUUUUCCAACUUGGAUAUUGGUAAUUUAAUGAAUUCAGAUAAUUACACAGUAA